AACGGAAACUCUCUUUUUAAACCUUUAGAAGAGUUGGAACCCAGUCACGGGAUCUUAGGAACUUUCCUUAAUCAUACUUUAUUGUUUUUUAUUUUUAUUUUCUCUUAUUAUUAUUAUUAUUAUUGCCUAUUUAUUGAGAUUUUCUUUCUUUUUUUAUUUUUUUUCAUCAACUUGCUCCUCUUUUGAAUUUUGGAAUUUGGGCAAUUGCAAGUUUUGCAUUUGUUUCCUUUUUAUUAAAACAUUUUUUUUUUCCUUUUAUGUUUAUAAACCCAAUAUUUGGUGUUACCUCUGCAUGGAUUCUAAGCUGUCUAUAUAUAAAGCUUACACGGGGAUUCGAUUGAUAGCUUAUUUUUUUUCUCUAACUUCGUUAAUUCUCUGCCAUUCAGAAUCUGGAGGUUUUCUUCUUUCUUAUCUAGUUUAUAAUACAUAUUUAGUGGUGAGAACCCUCAUCGCAUCUUAUGUUUGAACUCUGGCACUUGUAUCAAGAAAUUGGAGACGCAGUUGUACUGUUAAGAAGCAUUUGUGCUUCUAAAUUUUGGUAUACAAGGUUCAGUUUCAUAGAGAGCUUAUGCCAGGGAACAAGUACGAGAUUAAUUCAACCUACUCAUCUGGUCGACAUGAACGCCUAUUGAGAGAAAGGCAAUUGAAAAACAGCAGGAGUUCUCAAUCAAACGAUGUAACUACUGAGAAUAACAUUAAGGGGGCUCAGUAUAUUGAAAAUGAUGUCUGUAUAACAGAAGAUGAUCAUUCGAAAGUUGCCACUCUUGGACAGUACCCUGAAGGGGAUACUACUGCAACGGCUAAUAAUUAUGAACGGUGUGGAAAGCCAGACAGAAAGCCAGCUAGACAGCGGUUAUUGGUGGUUGCAAACAGGUUACCGGUCUCUGCUGUGAGGAAAGGUGAAGAUGUAUGGCAUUUAGAGAUUAGUGCUGGGGGUUUAGUCAGUGCUCUUCUGGGUGUGAAGGAGUUUGAGGCAAGGUGGAUCGGUUGGGCUGGUGUAAAUGUGCCAGAUACAGUUGGACAGAAUGCUCUUACUAAGUCUCUAGCGGAAAAGAGAUGUAUUCCAGUAUUUCUUGAUGAAGAGAUUGUUCAUCAAUAUUAUAAUGGCUACUGUAAUAACAUUUUAUGGCCACUUUUUCAUUACCUUGGACUUCCACAAGAAGAUCGGCUUGCUACCACCAGGAGUUUCCAGUCUCAGUUUGCUGCAUAUAAGAAGGCAAAUCAAAUGUUUGCUGAUGUGGUAAACCAGCAUUAUGAAGAGGGUGAUGUUGUUUGGUGCCAUGAUUACCAUCUCAUGUUUCUACCUGAAUGCUUGAAAAAGUACAACAAUUCAAUGAAAGUGGGUUGGUUUCUACAUACCCCUUUUCCUUCAUCUGAAAUUCACAGGACCUUGCCAUCUCGAUCAGAGCUGUUGCGCUCAGUUCUUGCUGCAGAUUUAGUUGGUUUUCAUACAUAUGACUAUGCACGUCAUUUCGUAAGUGCUUGUACUCGUAUUCUUGGAUUGGAGGGUACUCCUGAGGGAGUUGAGGAUCAAGGGAGGCUUACCCGAGUAGCUGCAUGUCCCAUUGGUAUAGAUUCAGAUCGCUUUAUACGUGCACUUGAGCUUCCUCAAGUCCAAGAACACAUAAGGGAACUUAAAGAAAGAUUUUCUGGGCGGAAGGUAAUGUUAGGUGUUGAUCGCCUUGAUAUGAUUAAAGGAAUUCCUCAGAAGAUAUUGGCCUUCGAAAAGUUCCUAGAGGAAAACCCUACUUGGCGUGACAAAGUAGUUUUGUUGCAAAUUGCUGUGCCAACAAGAACAGAUGUUCCAGAGUAUCAAAAACUCACAAGCCAGGUCCAUGAAAUUGUUGGACGAAUUAACGGCAGAUUUGGAACAUUGACAGCUGUUCCAAUACACCACUUGGAUCGAUCUCUUGAUUUCCAUGCUUUAUGUGCUCUAUACGCUGUCACAGAUGUAGCACUAGUCACAUCUUUAAGGGAUGGUAUGAAUCUUGUCAGUUAUGAGUUUGUAGCUUGCCAAGAUGCAAAGAAAGGAGUUCUGAUUCUUAGUGAGUUUGCUGGUGCUGCACAGUCUCUAGGUGCAGGAGCCAUUCUAGUAAACCCAUGGAACAUCACUGAGGUUGCUAAUGCAAUUGGCCAAGCUUUGGAUAUGGAGCCUGAGGCCAGAGAGAAGCGACACAAUCAUAACUUUUUGCAUGUGACUACACACACUGCACAAGAAUGGGCUGAGACUUUUGUGAGUGAACUAAAUGAUACUGUGGUUGAAGCGGAAAUACGGACUCGAGAAGCUAAACCCUCUUUUCCUAACAAUGAUGCAAUUGAUGGCUAUUUGCACUCUAAUAAUCGAUUGAUCAUACUGGGAUUCAAUGCAACACUAACCGAACCUGUGGACACACCGGGACGAAGGGGUGAUCAAAUUAAAGAAAUGGACGUUAAAUUGCAUCCAGAGUUGAAGGCACCAUUAAGGGCACUUUGCAAUGAUCCUAAAACAACAGUUGUUGUCCUUAGCGGGAGUGACAGAACUGUCUUAGAUGAGAACUUCAAGGAGUUCGACAUGUGGUUGGCAGCUGAGAACGGAAUGUUUUUACGACAUACAAAGGGCGAUUGGAUGACAACAAUGCCUGAGCACUUGACUAUGGAGUGGGUCGAGAGUGUGAAGCAUGUCUUUGAGUAUUUCACAGAGAGAACACCCAGGUCCCACUUUUACCAACGUGAAACUUCCCUUGUAUGGAACUACAAAUAUGCAGAUGGUGAAUUCGGACGAUUGCAAGCAAGAGAUAUGCUGCAGCAUCUAUGGACGGGUCCUAUUUCUAAUGCAUCUGUUGACGUUGUUCAAGGCAGCCGUUCUGUUGAGGUGCGAGCGGUUGGUGUCACAAAGGGUGCAGCAAUUGACCGUAUAUUGGGAGAGAUAGUCCAUAGUAAAUGCAUGACAACACCCAUAGAUUAUGUCCUAUGUACCGGCCACUUUCUUGGAAAGGAUGAAGAUGUGUACACCUUUUUUGAGCCAGUGCUUCCAUUAGAUUGUCUUGGUCUUACAAGAAGCAAAGGAAGUGAGGGUCAUAAGCAAUCUUGUGAGAGGAGAUCUUCUACCAAGGCUACAGGAACUAAGAAUGGGACAAAAUCACCACAAAUCAAGACCCAAAAACUUUCAUCAAAUGGUCCAAAUCAAGAGAAGAAAAAUGCCAACAAUAAUCACAAACCACCACAAGACAAGGGUUCGUGGAAUGUACUUGAUCUCAAGGUGGAGAAUUACUUCUCUUGUGCUGUUGGGAGGAAAGGAACAAAUGCUAGGUAUCAACUUGCCUCCUCAGACGAUGUGGUCUCGUUUCUUAAGCAAAUGGCUGAUUCAAUGAUGUGAAUGCGAUGAUAUGCAUCCCACAAGUUUUAAAUUAUUAUUUUUUAUCUCUUGAUAUUUACCAUUCUUUAGUACUAUUUUUUAUUAGAGAAAUGCUAAAGGGCAUCAGUGGGCUUAGCAUCCUUCUAUGUGUUAGUAUCGUUAUUGGUCCAACUAAGUAUCAGAUCUCACAUAAUUUAAUAUAAUAGUUUUUAGGGAGUAUCGCUAGCCACUGGUGUCUAAUAGCAAUGCUUUUUUUAUUAAUAUUUUUAAGCUUACGAGUUACGACUUGUUUUAGUUGGAUACUAUUACUUCGGUUAUUGAUUUUAACAAUAGCUGCUCAAUAAUUAUAGGCUGUCAAACGGUUUU